AUGGCCACCGAUGCCCACAACAAGGUUUUGCCUCUCGCCUUUGCCAUUGUGGACAAAGAGUCAGGGCCUAGUUGGGGGUGGUUUUUAGAAUGCCUCAGAAAUUCACUGGGGAAUGUGAUAGCAGAUAAGGACAUCUACGAUGCCACUUUAAAGUCAUUGGCCUUGAAAGCGGGGUAUGCUACUCAGGAAGCUAAAUUUGAGUUGUACAUGCAACCUAUCAGGGAAGCCGAGAUCGAGGCCCUUAGGAAGAAGCUGAGAAUCGAGCGACAGGAAAGUGAACCCGACUCAUCCAUCAUGCCAUACAUAUAUCUAAUGAAAAAGGAUCUAGACAUAUGGACCCAGCUACAUGAUGGUGGAUACCGUUAUGGGGCUAUGACAACCAAAGUCUCGGAGUGCUUCAAUGGAGUACUCAAAGGUGCCCGUGGCUUACCCAUUGUUGUAAUUGUUGAAUUCACUUGGAGCAAAAUUGUCGCGUAUUUCCAUGAUCGACACAAAGAAAUUACUCAUGAUCUCUCGAAGGGCAAGGUAUGGAGUAAAUAUGCCUUAAAAAUCUAUGAUGCAAAUCUGAAAAAGUCAAAAACACACCAAGUAAGGGCGUUUAAUAAUGUCCAUGGUAUAUAUCAAGUAAUGACCGCAUACAACAUCCAUAGCUCUGGAGGGGGACACCAUAGUCAUGAAAUAAACAUAGCGGCUAGAACAUGUGGUUGUGGAAAGUGGCAAAAUCGAAAGAUCCCUCGUUCACAUGCAAUUACAGUUCUUCAGUACUUGGGGCAAGAUGCGACUAGAUAUAUUGACCCAUGUUAUAGUUUGGAGAACACCAUUCGCACCUACUCACAUGCAUUUGCGGUGCCAAAGUCAGAGUCAUUGUGGAGGGAUGUGGACGGUCCAAAGUGGGUGCCUGACCCAGACCUGUUGUAG